AUGGUCUCAGCUCCGCAUCAGUUUUAUUUCACAGCUAUUCGACAGCAAUCUUCUGCGUCCUCAAGUGUGCUCGCGGAGGAAAAUGAACUUUGCGAUGAUGAGCACUCCUCAGGUUUUCACGUAAACCGAACGCCAACCCCUCCCUCACCUCCCGUUGAAGCUGCAUUGAAUUCCCCUAAACUCUCUGCCAUACAUUCUCGACUCUCCCUUCCGCAACGAUUACCACUUCAGACGCUGGCUCGAACCCUGGUUGAUGAGUCUGCCGACCCUUCUCCGCAGUUCAACAAUAAAUCCCUUUCAAUUCUAGGUAGUGAUCUCUUAACAUACUACACUGCUGAACAUCUGAUAAGCACCUAUCCGCGGCUUCCAGUUAAGGUCCUUUGGGCAGCGAUGUAUUCCUAUAUUGGAGCGAAGCCGUUGGCUGCGAUGACUAGGGAAUGGGGUCUGGAAUAUGCUGCUGAGCCCGGACCAGAAGUAGACCCAGGUCUCCUACAAUUUAAACGGCUACCUCCAGACACUGGAUUCGAAACCAAGUCAAAUGGCACAUUCCUUAGACGUGAUGAAAAUAUGGCAAAACGCAGUACAAGUGCAAGGAUAAUAUAUGGUGGCGCCUUUGGUGAAUCAACACUUCCCUAUCCCGUCCACCAUGAGGGUGUCACUCCCAACCGAGCUUGUGCAAAUUUCAUACGUGCCGUCGUGGGCGCUGUAUAUCUACACGCUGGUCGACCAGCAGCGAAACAAUUUUUUAAAGAACACUUCAUGAGCCGCCAUCUCGACAUGGCCUCGUUGUUUAGCUUCCGGCAACCGACGCGAGAUCUCAGCAAACUCUGCCGUCGUGAAGGCUUUGAAGACCCCGUCGCAAAAAUUCUGAGCGAAACUGGUCGCCAUAGCAAUCGUCCUGUGUUUAACGUAGGUAUUUUCUCCGGGCCAGACAAGCUGGGCGAAGGGGCCGGUGGAAGCUUAAGCGAAGCGCGCUUUAGGGCUGCGGCUGCUGCGCUUAAGGGCUGGUAUCUAUACAGCCCGCUUGGGGUUAGGGUUCCGAGCUCGAUGGAAGAAGAAGGUGCUGAGCCAUGGAAACCUGUAUAUGUUGAUCCCGGCGAAGUUAUAGUAUGA